CUGGUACCAACUAAAACACUACAAAAAACGUUGUGGUAUUAUUUAAUUUGAAUGUUUCUAAUGUAUGUGUAUUUCUUGGUUCCUGUCAUAAGUAAUGUAAUUUUCAAAUAGUAAGUAAAUAUUGUGUACUCCCCUGUCUUUAAUGAUUGAUGCAAAUGUCAACAUACUUCUCAGUUGCAGUCCUAGUCCUGACAGCCCCUUUACAUGAUGACAAUCACUGGAUCUCUUCAUAGGGCUUCUAUCCUUUGGAGGUUUUAGAUGUGAUAUUUUUUUUUGUUAGAAUUGUGAUGCCAUUUUAAUAGCCGCACUCAGACUGGUUGAAUUUAAAAGCAUUUGACCUACUUUGUGGACACAAUAUGAUCUUCACUUCUGCUGGAAAACGGCAUUUGGUUUAUUUGUCAUUAGGUCUACUGAGUCUAUCACUGCUUACAGAAUGUGAUAAAGUCAAGCUGGUCGGUCCUUCACGUUGCUCGGGUCGAGUGGAGGUCUACCACUCUGAUAGUUGGGGAACGGUGUGUGACGAUCAGUGGAGCACUGCCAACGCUGAGGUGGUGUGCAGAGAGUUAGACUGCGGGACAGUUCUUGAGGCCAAGAAAGGGGCUUUUUUUGGAGAAGGAGAAGAAGAAAUCUGGCUGGAUGAUGUGCAGUGUACUGGUCAUGAGUCGUCUCUCCUCAAGUGUGAACACAGACCAUUUGGACAGAAUAACUGCGGCCAUGGAGAAGAUGCUGGAGUUGUCUGUUCGGAACACGUGAGGGCGGUCAACGGAAGCAAUCGUUGCAAUGGCAGAUUGGAAGUCUACCAUGAGGGCCAUUGGAAACGAAUAUGCAGCAGUGACUGGGGCAAGGCAGAAGCUGACAUGGUGUGCAAAGAGAUUAACUGUGGCAUCGCUGUCACUCCGACUGAUGAUCUACAUUUUGGGGAGGCGCGUGACACAGUGGGAAUCAAGACCUCCUGUUUUGGAAAUGAGAGCUCGAUCUCACAGUGCAAGUUUCAUGAAUUCCAGGAAAGCUGUGUUGAUGUUACGAUUUUCUGUUCAAGCAGUAAACCACUUCGGCUGAUGAACGGGACUAAUCGAUGCAAUGGCCGAGUGGAACUCUUCCACGAUGGACAGUGGGGAACAGUUUGUGAUGACAGAUGGGGCAUGCAGGAAGCAGCUGUCGUGUGCCGCGAGAUGAACUGUGGGAAUGCUCUCUCAGCCAAGCACAAUGCCUUCUUCGGCAGAGGUCAGGAUCAGGUUUGGUUGGACGAUGUUGAGUGUUCUGGUCAGGAGAAAUCCCUUGCUGACUGCCCGCACAGAGGUUUGGGAGAACACGACUGUAGCCACAGUGAAGAUGCUGGUGUUGUAUGCUCAGCCUCAGUCAGAUUGUACAACGGGACAAACCGCUGCUCUGGCAGAGUGGAGGUCUCCCAGGGUGGCCAAUGGGGGAAAAUUUGUAACAAUAACUGGGGCCAUCAAGAGUCUGAGAGGCUGUGCAAGGAACUCGGCUGCGGACCUCCAAAAAAUUCUCACGAAAGCUUCCAUUUUGGUGAUGCCAGACUGAAAGGGUAUAGGACCACAUGUGCCAGAAAUGUGAGCUCCAUCUCUGACUGCACAUUUCAAGAAAUCACAGGGACAUGUGAAGGUGUUUCUCUUUCAUGUACAGAUAUUCCACCGAUAAGGCUUGUCAAUGGCACUGACCGAUGCUCUGGCAGAGUGGAGGUUAUGAAUGAUGGCCAGUGGGGAACAGUGUGUGAUGAUGAGUGGGACCUCAGAGAUGCAGAGGUGGUGUGCAGAGUCAUUGGCUGUGGAAAAGCUCAGAUGGCCAAAACGAGUGCCUUCUUUGGUCCAGGCCAGGGAGACAUCUGGCUGGAUGAUGUCGGCUGCUUCGGGUACGAGACGUCCCUCAUGCACUGCAGACAUCUAACCCCCGGGGAAAAUAACUGUGGUCAUGAAGAAGAUGCUGGUGUGGUGUGCUCAGCUAUUAGACUCAUUAAUGGGACUGACCAGUGCUCAGGCAGGGUGGAGAUCUCCCAGGGUGGCUACCUGUCACCAGCGUUUAACUUUAACUGGGGAAUGAAUGAAGCUACAGUGGUGUGCAGAGAGAUGAACUGUGGAAAUCCGGUCAAGUUCAACGUAUCAUAUGGUCAAGGUGGAGCUCAGAGAGGGUAUAAGGUCAGUUGUAGUGGCAGAGAGAGCUCUCUGUCACAGUGCACACUGACAGAAUAUGUCCAGACCAGCAAUGAUCGUAUUGAAGAGGCAGCUGUCGAAUGUUCAGGUAACGUGAGGUUGUCUGGUGGGCACAGUCAUUGUGUUGGAAGAGUAGAGUACUAUGACAAAGGCCAGUGGGGGACUGUGUGCGGUGAAUCCUGGGAUGUAAAUGAUGCAGCGGUGGUGUGCAGACAGCUGGACUGUGGGAAGAGUCAUAAGAUUACCACCAUCACUGAGUACAGCAGUGACACAGGACAGACCUGGACUGAUCAAAUUGAAUGCAAUGGAUUGGAGUCCACACUGGCUCAGUGCCCACGAAGUCCUCUCAGAGACGGAACUUGCAACACCACCUCGGUUGCUGGUGUCGUCUGCACAGGAAGUUUAGAUGUCCAGUUGGUCAACGGUAUGGAUCAGUGCUCUGGCAGGGUAGAGGUCCGUCAUGGUGAAGUGUGGCAAACAGUUUGUGACACAGACUGGACUCUGAGUAAAGCUCAGGUGGUGUGUGACCUGCUAGAAUGUGGAACUGCACUGAACGCUUCCGGUGCUGCCCAUUUUGGCCAAGGCAGUGGAUCAGUGGUGGAGGCCAGUGAGUCAUGCUUUGGCAACACAACAUUUCUUCAGCAAUGCUCAGCCAACGGUUUCCAAAGCUCAAGCUGUGGGCAUGACCAUGAUGCAGGUGUCCAAUGUGCAGCACGGCUCCGGUUGGCCAGCGGCUCAAGUCAGUGCUCUGGCAGAGUGGAGAUCCUCUAUAAAGGCCAGUGGGGAACUGUGUGUGAUGAUGAAUGGGAAAUGGCCGAUGCUGAUGUUGUAUGUAGACAGCUUGGCUGUGGUCACGCAGUUUCUGCUCCUACAAGUGCCCACUUUGGUAGAGGCAGUGGUCCAAUAUGGCUGGAUGAUGUGGAGUGUACUGGCCAAGAGUCUGCUCUCUCACACUGUAAUCACAACAGAUUUGGACAAAAUAACUGCGGGCACGGUGAAGACGCUGGUGUUGUAUGCUCAGCCAUUAGACUCAUUAAUGGGACUGACCAGUGCUCAGGCAGGGUGGAGAUCUCCCAGGGUGGCUACCUGUCACCAGCGUUUAACUUUAACUGGGGAAUGAAUGAAGCUACAGUGGUGUGCAGAGAGAUGAACUGUGGAGAUCCUGUCAAGUUUAACGUAUCAUAUGGUCAAGGCGGAGCUCAGAGAGGGUAUAAGGUCAGUUGUAGUGGCAGAGAGAGCUCUCUGUCACAGUGCACACUGACAGAAUAUGUCCAGACCAGCAACGAUCGUGUUGAAGAGGCAGCUGUCCAAUGUUCAGGUAACGUGAGGUUGUCUGGUGGGCACAGUCGUUGCGUUGGAAGAGUGGAGUACUAUGACAAAGGCCAGUGGGGGACUGUGUGCGGUGAAUCCUGGGAUAUGAAUGAUGCAACGGUGGUGUGCAGACAGCUGGACUGUGGGAAGAGUCAUAAGAUUACCACCAUCGCUGAGUACGGCAGCGGCACAGGACAGACCUGGACUGAUCAAAUUGAAUGCAAUGGAUUGGAGUCCACACUGGCUCAGUGCCCACAAAGUCCUCUCAGAGACGGAACUUGCAACACCACCUCGGUUGCUGGUGUUGUGUGCUCAGGAAGUUUGGAAGUCCGACUGGUCAACAGUAGGGAUCAGUGCUCUGGCAGGGUAGAGGUCCGUCAUGGUGACAUGUGGCAAACAGUGUGUGACACAGACUGGACUCUGAGUAAAGCUCAGGUGGUGUGUGACCUGCUAGAAUGUGGAACUGCACUGAACGCUCCAGGUGCUGCCCAUUUUGGCCAAGGCAGUGGAUCAGUGGUGGAGGCCAGUGAGUCAUGCUUUGGCAACACGACAUUUCUUCAGCAAUGCUCAGCCAAUGGUUUCCAAAGCUCAAGCUGUGGGCAUGACCAUGAUGCAGGUGUCCAAUGUGCAGAUACAGCACAGAUCCGGUUGGCCAGCGGCUCAAGUCAGUGCUCUGGUAGAGUGGAGAUCCUCUAUAAAGGCCAGUGGGGAACUGUGUGUGACGAUGAAUGGGAAAUGGCCGAUGCUGAUGUUGUAUGUAGACAGCUUGGCUGUGGUCACGCAGUUUCUGCUCCUACAAGUGCCCACUUUGGUAGUGGCAGUGGUCCAAUAUGGCUGGAUGAUGUGGAGUGUACAGGCCAAGAGUCUGCUCUCUCACACUGUAAUCACAACAGAUUUGGACAAAAUAACUGCGGGCACGAUGAAGACGCUGGUGUUGUAUGCUCAGCCAUUAGACUCAUUAAUGGGACUGACCAGUGCUCAGGCAGGGUGGAGUUUUCCCACAGUAACCACUGGUCAACAGCAUUUAACGUGAACUGGGGAAUGAAUGAAGCUACAGUGGUGUGCAGAGAGAUGAACUGUGGAGAUCCUGUCAAGUUCAACGUAUCAUAUGGUCAAGGCGGAGCUCAGAGAGGGUAUAAGGUCAGUUGUAGUGGCAGAGAGAGCUCUCUGUCACAGUGCACACUGACAGAAUAUGUCCAGACCAGCAACGAUCGUGUUGACGAGGCAGCUGUCCAAUGUUCAGGUAACGUGAGGUUGUCUGGUGGGCACAGUCGUUGUGUUGGAAGAGUGGAGUACUAUGACAAAGGCCAGUGGGGGACUGUGUGCGGUGAAUCCUGGGAUAUGAAUGAUGCAGCGGUGGUGUGCAGACAGCUGGACUGUGGGAAGAGUCAUAAGAUUACCACCAUCGCUGAGUACGGCAGCGGCACAGGACAGACCUGGACUGAUCGAAAUGAAUGCAAUGGAUUGGAGUCCACACUGGCUCAGUGCCCACGAAGUCCUCUCAGAGACGGAACUUGCAGCACCACCUCAGUUGCUGGUGUCGUCUGCACAGGAAGUUUGGAAGUCCGGCUGGUCAACAGUAGGGAUCAGUGCUCUGGCAGGGUAGAGGUCCGUCAUGGCGACGUGUGGCAAACAGUUUGUGACACAGACUGGACUCUGAGUAAAGCUCAGGUGGUGUGUGACCAACUAGAAUGUGGAACUGCACUGAACGCUCCAGGUGCUGCCCAUUUUGGCCAAGGCAGUGGAUCAGUGGUGGAGGCCAGUGAGUCAUGCUUUGGCAACACGACAUUUCUUCAGCAAUGCUCAGCCAACGGUUUCCAAAGCUCAAGCUGUGGGCAUGACCAUGAUGCAGGUGUCCAAUGUGCAGCACAGAUCCGGUUGGCCAGCAGCUCAAGUCAGUGCUCUGGCAGAGUGGAGAUCCUCUAUAAAGGCCAGUGGGGAACUGUGUGUGAUGAUGAAUGGGAAAUGGCCGAUGCUGAUGUUGUAUGUAGACAGCUUGGCUGCGGUCACGCAGUUUCUGCUCCUAGAAGUGCCCACUUUGGUAGUGGCAGUGGUCCAAUAUGGCUGGAUGAUGUGGAGUGUACAGGCCAAGAGUCUGCUCUCUCACACUGUAAUCACAACAGAUUCGGACAAAAUAACUGCGGGCACGGUGAAGACGCUGGUGUUGUAUGCUCAGGAAGUUUGGAAGUCCGGCUGGUCAACGGUAGGGAUCAGUGCUCUGGCAGGGUAGAGGUCCGUCAUGGUGACAUCUGGCAAACAGUUUGUGACACAGACUGGACUCUGAGUAAAGCUCAGGUGGUGUGUGACCUGCUAGAAUGUGGAACUGCACUGAACGCUCCAGGUGCUGCCCAUUUUGGCCAAGGCAGUGGAUCAGUGGUGGAGGCCAGUGAGUCAUGCUUUGGCAACACGACAUUUCUUCAGCAAUGCUCAGCCAACGGUUUCCAAAGCUCAAGCUGUGGGCAUGACCAUGAUGCAGGUGUCCAAUGUGCAGCACAGAUCCGGUUGGCCAGCGGCUCAAGUCAGUGCUCUGGCAGAGUGGAGGUCUUCUAUAAAGGCCAGUGGGGAACUGUGUGUGACGAUGAAUGGGAAAUGGCCGAUGCCGAUGUUGUAUGUAGACAGCUUGGCUGUGGUCACGCAGUUUCUGCUCCUACAAGUGCCCACUUUGGUAGUGGCAGUGGUCCAAUAUGGCUGGAUGAUGUGGAGUGUACAGGCCAAGAGUCUGCUCUCUCACACUGUAAUCACAACAGAUUCGGACAAAAUAACUGCGGGCACGGUGAAGACGCUGGUGUUGUAUGCUCAGCCAUUAGACUCAUUAAUGGGACUGACCAGUGCUCAGGCAGGGUGGAGAUCUCCCAGGGUGGCUACCUGUCACCAGUGUUUAACAUGAACUGGGGAAUGAAUGAAGCUACAGUGUUGUGCAGAGAGAUGAACUGUGGAGAUCCUGUCAAGUUCAACGUUUCAUAUGGUCAAGGCGGAGCUCAGAGAGGGUAUAAGGUCAUUUGUAGUGGCAGAGAGAGCUCUCUGUCACAGUGCACACUGACAGAAUAUGUCCAGACCAGCAACGAUCGUGUUGACGAGGCAGCUGUCCAAUGUUCAGGUAACGUGAGGUUGUCUGGUGGGCACAGUCGUUGUGUUGGAAGAGUGGAGUACUAUGACAAAGGCCAGUGGGGGACUGUGUGCGGUGAAUCCUGGGAUAUGAAUGAUGCAGCAGUGGUGUGCAGACAGCUGGACUGUGGGAUAAGUCAUAAGAUUACCACCAUCGCUGAGUACGGCAGCGGCACAGGACAGACCUGGACUGAUCAAAUUGAAUGCAAUGGGUUGGAGUCCACACUGGCUCAGUGCCCACAAAGUCCUCUCAGAGACGGAACUUGCAGCACCACCUCAGUUGCUGGUGUCGUCUGCACAGGAAGUUUAGAUGUCCAGUUGGUCAACGGUAGGGAUCAGUGCUCUGGCAGGGUAGAGGUCCGUCAUGGCGACGUGUGGCAAACAGUUUGUGACACAGACUGGACUCUGAGUAAAGCUCAGGUGGUGUGUGACCAGCUAGAAUGUGGAACUGCACUGAACGCUUCCGGUGCUGCCCAUUUUGGCCAAGGCAGUGGAUCAGUGGUGGAGGCCAGUGAGUCAUGCUUUGGCAACACGACAUUUCUUCAGCAAUGCUCAGCCAACGGUUUCCAAAGCUCAAGCUGUGGGCAUGACCAUGAUGCAGGUGUCCAAUGUGCAGCACAGAUCCGGUUGGCCAGCGGCUCAAGUCAGUGCUCUGGUAGAGUGGAGAUCCUCUAUAAAGGCCAGUGGGGAACUGUGUGUGACGAUGAAUGGGAAAUGGCCGAUGCUGAUGUUGUAUGUAGACAGCUUGGCUGCGGUCACGCAGCUUCUGCUCCUAGAAGUGCCCACUUUGGUAGUGGCAGUGGUCCAAUAUGGCUGGAUGAUGUGGAGUGUACAGGCCAAGAGUCUGCUCUCUCACACUGUAAUCACAACAGAUUUGGAGAAAAUAACUGCGGGCACGGUGAAGACGCUGGUGUUGUAUGCUCAGCCAUUAGACUCAUUAAUGGGACUGACCAGUGCUCAGGCAGGGUGGAGAUCUCCCAGGGUGGCUACCUGUCACCAGCGCUUAACUUUAACUGGGGAAUGAAUGAAGCUACAGUGUUGUGCAGAGAGAUGAACUGUGGAGAUCCUGUCAAGUUCAACGUAUCAUAUGGUCAAGGCGGAGCUCAGAGAGGGUAUAAGGUCAGUUGUAGUGGCAGAGAGAGCUCUCUGUCACAGUGCACACUGACAGAAUAUGUCCAGACCAGCAACGAUCGUGUUGACGAGGCAGCUGUCCAAUGUUCAGGUAACGUGAGGUUGUCUGGUGGGCACAGUCGUUGUGCUGGAAGAGUGGAGUACUAUGACAAAGGCCAGUGGGGGACUGUGUGCGGUGAAUCCUGGGAUAUGAAUGAUGCAGCAGUGGUGUGCAGACAGCUGGACUGUGGGAUAAGUCAUAAGAUUACCACCAUCGCUGAGUACGGCAGCGGCACAGGACAGAUCUGGACUGAUCAAAUUGAAUGCAAUGGAUUGGAGUCCACACUGGCUCAGUGCCCACGAAGUCCUCUCAGAGACGGAACUUGCAACACCACCUCAGUUGCUGGUGUCGUCUGCACAGGAAGUUUAGAUGUCCAGUUGGUCAACAGUAAGGAUGAGUGCUCUGGCAGGGUAGAGGUCCGUCAUGGCGACGUGUGGCAAACAGUUUGUGACACAGACUGGACUCUGAGUAAAGCUCAGGUGGUGUGUGACCAGCUAGAAUGUGGAACUGCACUGAACGCUUCCGGCGCUGCCCAUUUUGGCCAAGGCAGUGGAUCAGUGGUGGAGGCCAGUGAGUCAUGCUUUGGCAGCACAACAUUUCUUCAGCAAUGCUCAGCCAACGGUUUCCAAAGCUCAAGCUGUGGGCAUGACCAUGAUGCAGGUGUCCAAUGUGCAGCACAGAUCCGGUUGGCCAGCGGCUCAAGUCAGUGCUCUGGCAGAGUGGAGAUCCUCUAUAAAGGCCAGUGGGGAACUGUGUGUGAUGAUGAAUGGGAAAUGGCCAAUGCUGAUGUUGUAUGUAGACAGCUUGGCUGUGGUCACGCAGUUUCUGCUCCAACAAAUGCCCACUUUGGUAGAGGCAGUGGUCCAAUAUGGCUGGAUAACGUGGCGUGUACAGGCCAAGAGUCUGCUCUCUCACACUGUAAUCACAACAGAUUCGGAGAAAAUAACUGCGGGCACGGUGAAGACGCUGGUGUUAUUUGUUUAGGUACUCUAGAGAAGCCUCAAAUCACCUUCAGUCCGGCUGCAGAUGUAAAAUGGGGUGACAGAGUUGAAAUCACCUGCACUGUUGGAUCAGAACACCUGGGUGGGACAUUCAUCCUGAGAAAGAUGGGAGGAAAUUUUCAAAUGGAAAAAUACUCCUCACACGAAGCUGCAACCUUUGUCUUCCCUUCAGUGGAAUUCAGCCAACAGGGGUCAUACUACUGUGAAUAUCAGAAGAAGCUGCCCAAUCAAGUCAUCUAUUAUCCUCAAGGAAAUGUAGCUGAACUCUCCAUCACAGUGAAAAUGGAUACACCCAGAAUCUCCAUGACAUCUCCUCAUGUAAUCUACAGCCCGGACAAAAUAUCGGUCAACGAAGGCAGCAGCUUGUCUGUCACCUGCUCUUCUCUUUCCACACAUUCUGGAGGUUACUUCUAUCUGAGAAAGUCCAAUAUGACCGUCACAGACGCAAAACCUGCAUUUAGCCACUCUAUCUUCCACCUGGCGACCUUUGACUUCCCUUCAGUACAGAAUGAGCACCAAGGAGAAUAUAGCUGUGUCUUUUGUCUUAACAUCUCCAGCAUGUCCCUCUGUUCUCUUCCCUCAAAGUCACUACAAGUCAGUGUAAUCGGUGAGACCAAUAUGGAAAAGAAAUAGAUAAUUAAAAAUGAAAUGUAUAUGUACGUAUUACCUGAAACUAUCACUAAGUAAUAUAAAUGAUAAUAAGUCUACACACAAUGUUCUUCAUUAAUGUGUGUAAGAUCAAACGGAUUUGAGUUGGGCAUCUAUUAGUAAAACCGAAAUCUCGCAAGUAUUGUAUAGAAACCUUACAAGAAAUGUGUAAGAUGUAACAUAUGUGAGACAUACGUACAACAACAAAAAAAAUCCCACAAAUUUCAAAUAAAAUUACAUGGAAAAGCACAUAAUGAGAUGAGAUUCAUUCAUUGUGAUAACACCAGAAUUGUAAAGGUGAGCACUUUCUCAACGCCAGGUUUAUAACUCAGUCUUCUCUCUCAACCAGUGAAUUUUCCUAAAAUGAUUACAAUGGGAAAAUUUGUUGUUAUUUAAGAUUGAAUUAGAAAUUAUAUCCAAAGCAAGAGGUAAAAUGACUUUUUUUUAAUGUAUAUGCAGCAAAUAUUCAAAAUCUGCAUGUAUUCGAUAAUAGGCAAAAUAAAAAUAUUAAAAAAGA